AUGGGCUCUUAUCAUGAUCAUCAUACUAUUUCCCUUCCUUUGAGUGGAGAAUUGGAAGCAGGAUGGACUGGUAAUGGCGAAGCGCUGUUCCAGCCUCAUCUUUUCAAGGCAUCCUGGGCCUUGUUGCUUUCCAGACUCUCAGAAACACACACAACAAUAUUUGCAGUGUUGGAACAACUGCCAGUCCCUCCGAGCGAGACGUGUUCAAAAUCAGUGUUUUCGCCUCCGCAUUUGGAAACAUGGGAAAUAUCAGACAAGCCAGACAGUCUUUUGGUGGAUGCAGCGAAGGAAAGGCAUUGUGGGCCUCUUUCAGGCACACAGCCGUCGACGGGUGUGGUUAUUAGGUGGCAUGAUGAAUUGAAUGAUCCGAUCUCGUCGCCCUGUGUAUGCAAUACGAUGAUUGCUUUGGAUUGCAGUAAAUCACCUGUCCAAAUAUCCAUGAAAUACUUAAGCACAUAUCUCACAGUGAACCAAGCCUGGUCACAAUUAACGGCUACGGUUCAUAUUCUGAAGCAAAUGGUUAGGAGCCCAGGGUUAUCACUCCAUGAGGUGGAUUUCCUGGGUUCUUAUAGCACCAGAUUGAUCCGGCAAUGGAACAACCCGUACUCACUUGUACGACCACAAGUGUGCAUACAUACCUUGAUCCUAGAACAUUGCCGGAGCCAACCCAAUGCCGAGGCACUGUGUGCUUGGGAUGGUUCCAUCACGUAUGCGGAGCUUGAUCAAUUUUCACUCGCAGUGGGACUCAAGCUGCUGUCGCUUGGUGUUAGCCCAGAGUCAGUGGUGCCGCUCUACUUCGAAAAGUCGCGCUGGACGGCGGUCGCCAUGCUGGGAGUUUUAAGAGCGGGGGGGGCUUUUGUUCUUCUCGAUCCAUCUCACCCUAUGACUCGUCUGGCUGAGAUUUGUUCAGAGGUGCAGGCAACUGUGGCCAUCGCCUCGGAGUCAUUACAAGAACUGGGUCGGCAGCUGGGUCCUCGGGUUGUCACUGUCCCAGGAACAAAUAAGAGUAACAUCAGCACAGAUAGGAAUGCCUUUAGCACAUAUGUCAACCCUUCAAAUGCCGCAUACGUCGCUUUUACUUCUGGCUCUACCGGAAAGCCCAAAGGCAUUGUGAUUGAACAUCAGUGCUUCGUUGCAAAUACGCUGGCUCAAAACGCGGUCCAGAAUAUUAAUAGACAAACACGAGCAUUUCAAUUUGCUUCAUAUGGGUUUGAUAGCAGCAUUCUUGAAACACUUAUGACUUUGGUGGCGGGUGGUUGCGUCUGUAUACCCUCGGAGGAGCAGCGGCUCAACGGCCUUGCAGAUGCUAUCCGCGGGCUGCGAGCUAACUGGCUCGAAUUGACCCCAUCUGUGGCACGGUUCAUCAAUCCUGAAGAGGUACCGGACGUGCGAUCCGUCUUGCUUGUCGGUGAGCCCAUGUCUCAAGACCACAUCACACAAUGGUCAGGGUCGGAGAAGGUUCAACUUCUGAACGCAUACGGUCCGGCCGAGUGUAGUGUGGUAGCUGCUAUCCAGCCUCAUGCGAAACUGGAAGAUCCCCAAAAUAUCGGCCGUUCAUAUAGCAGUCACUGUUGGAUCGCGAACCCUCACGAUCAUAAUCAACUUGAGCCCCUGGGCGCGGUAGGGGAAUUACUCAUCAGCGGGCCAAUCGUGGCCCGAGGCUAUCUCAACCAGCCCCACCAGCAGUCUUUCAUAUCCAACCCUCGCUGGGCGACGCGUUUCGGGAUUUCUCCAGGCGAACGUGUUUAUAAAACUGGAGAUCUUGUGCGAUAUAAUGUUGAUGAUGGCUCGUUGCGCUACGUUGGGCGCAAAGACCGGGAGGUGAAAAUCCACGGGCAACGUGUUGACCUACAGGAAAUCGAACAUCAUGCCUCCCAGUUUCAAAAGAGAAUACUUGCAGUGGCUGAUGUAAUUCAAGUCAACGGUAGCAGCGCGAGGAAACUUCUUACUUUGUUCAUUGCCGCGGAUAAUGAUGAGACUCGCAUGACGAAGCAAAGCUUCGUCGUCCCCAUUAAUGACACCUUGCUCGAUUUGGUGACCGGCGUCAAACAAUGGCUUCGUGACCGUCUACCCCCAUACAUGAUUCCAACCAAGUAUAUAUUCGUUAACCGCUUUCCUCUAACGAGAACCGGCAAGCUAGAUCGGCGUGCCUUGGUCGAGCUUGGGACAGUAUCUGGUCACUCGCCGUCUGGAGAGCACCCGUCGAAUCAGCAUGAUAGAGAAGAUUUUGAGCUGGACCCGGAGCUUAUCGUCAAGGAAAAUACCUUAUGUUCAAUGUUUGCUGAAGUAUUGGGGUGUCUGGAAAGAGACAUUAGCGCAGAAGACGGUUUCUACGACAUGGGAGGGAAUUCAUUAGCUGCCAUCCAGUUGGUAUCCUGUGCACGCAAGCGUGGUAUGGACCUUACGGUGGCGGAUAUCAUCCGUCUUCAGAAUCCACGAGAGAUUGCGCGAUGUACUGUGGAAAGCAGAGAAGCUGACGAGAUCUCGCCAUUCUCUCUUCUCGUGGAUAUCGAAGACAGUCUAUCCGCCGCGACCGUCCAUUGUGGCGUUGAGAGAGAGAUGGUUGAAGAUAUUUACCCAUGCACCCCACUGCAAGAAGGCCUUAUGCAUCUCUCGAUAAAGAAUCCGGGAGCUUUCAUGGGCACAUACCGAUUCUCAUUGGCUCCUUCGACGAACCUACAGCGGAUCUGGGCUGCAUGGGAACAGCUUUGGCUUGUGCACCCUAUCCUCCGAACACGCAUCAUUCAACUUCAGGAUGGUCAAAUGCUUCAAGUAGUCACCAAGCAGAAGUCCCCAUACAAGGAUAUUUUAGCCAUGGAUGAUUCCCAGCCCAUGAACUUGGGGAACCCCCUUGCACGUGUGACAUUCCAUCCUGGACCAGCUUCCGCUGGAACAGAUUCUGGCAUAUUCCUGCUGACCAUGCACCACGCUCUUUUUGAUGGAUGGUCAUAUCUGCAGCUGCUUGGAGAUCUCCAACUGAUGUACAAUGGGGACAGACUGCCACCACGCCCUGCCUUCAAUCAUGUCAUUAACUACAUCUCCAAGCUGAGCAUUGAGGAAGGUCGUUCUUUUUGGACUCAAGAGUUCAAUGAUUUCCAAGCAACAAUGUUCCCUAUCUCUCCCCGACGACCCUCUGCCUCGCCACAUUGGCAAGUCAGAAGCCAGCAAACUAUCCUGGCCAAGUCAGAUAUGAACUGGACUCUCGCCAAUAAAAUCAAAUUAGCAUGGGCUCUUGUGGUCUCUUCCCAAACUCACUCGAAUGAUGUGGUGUAUGGAUUGACGGUCUCAGGCCGGAAUGCCCCAGUUCCAGAGAUCGAUCGUAUUGUUGGGCCAACUUUUGCAACAUUCCCCUUGCGCACGCAGCUUGAUGACAAACUAACGGUGGAAGAUAUAUUGAUCCAAAUGCGACAGCACGAUGUCUCUAUCAUGCCAUUUGAGCAUAUUGGUCUCAGGCGUAUCGCGGAGUCAAGCUCAGACGCGGCCUUGGCUUGUGGAUUCCAGAAUCUUCUUACCAUUAGAUUGCAAUCUCUUCAGAUUCCUCAGGGUGCCUUGAUUGAUUUACCCGAGAACGAAGACCAUGAUUUCAAGUUUGCGUCGUAUCCCCUGUCAAUCGUGGCCCAACAGCAAGAUAAAUCACUAGAGAUCAAAGCUAUCUUUAAUAACCACAUUAUAGGCACUGAUAUGGCCGAGGCUCUGCUGGAGAAUUUUGAUGCGCUGUUGCAGCGAAUCCUUCAAGAGCCCGGGGCGAGAAUGAGGGACCUGAGGGGCCAACUUCCCGCCAAGUGGCAGCAAUUGGUGGCGAUCAACAAAAAGACUCUGCCUCACCUGAAUUGCCUUCACAAUAUUAUCCAGGGCUUUGGCGUGACCCAACCAAACUCAGAGGCCGUCUGCGCAUGGGACGGGUCCCUAACAUAUGAAGAACUUGUCGUGUUGUCACGAAGGUUAGCAGGCCAUCUUCAAUCUUCCAGAUCUGGGUCAGGACCCGGCGUUUUCAUCGGGAUUUGCGUGGAAAGGUCGAAAUGGUUCCCAGUUGCCAUCCUGGGUGUCAUGAUGUCUGGAGCAGCCAUGGUUUUGUUGGAACCCAACUUCCCUGUACAGCGUUUGCAGCAUAUAUUGCGAGACUCUGGGGCACAAACGAUGAUAUGCUCUCCGGCAUUCCAAGAGAAGUGCACAGGCAUGGUCGAUGAUAUGUUGGUUCUGACUCCCGAUAUCUUGACACAACUGGACUACGAUGCUUGGACUCCAUCAGCGGUGUCUCAUCAAGAUGCAAUGUAUGUUGCUUUUACAUCCGGAUCAACCGGUGUUCCAAAGGGCGUUGUGAUAGAGCAUGGCAUGGUAUAUUCGAUGAUCCAGGCCCAUAAGAACGUCAUUGGCGCAUCAAUUGCCUCCCGGGGCUUGCUUUUCGCCUCGCCCGCCUUUGAUAUCUGUCUUGCUGAGAUUGUACUUGUCCUCGGUGCGGGUGGCUGCGUUUGUGUACCUUCUGAAGCUCAACGCAUGAACAGCUUGGCGAAAACGAUGACAACUAUGCAGGUGAACAUGGCCAUGCUGACCCCUUCGGUAGCGCGAACACUUUCUCCGGCCACAGUUCCCUGUCUGCACACUCUGAUCCUUGGAGGGGAGCCACCAUCAGCCUCUGAUCUGGCGACAUGGGCUUCACAAGUCCAGCUGCAUCAAUCAUAUGGGCCGGCCGAGUGCGCUAUGUACACAACCACUACAGCGCCAUUGACUCUCACCUCAGAUUUGGGCAACGUCGGAUCUUCGCCAAACGCAUCCUGUUGGAUCGUUGACCCGGACAACCACGAUGAGCUUCAGCCUGUGGGCUCGGUAGGAGAACUACUGAUUGGUGGGCCGAUUGUUGGAAGAGGGUAUAUCAACCGGGCCCAAGAGUCUGCAGCGGCCUUCAUUCGUGACCCCGUCUGGAGUGAGAAAUUCCCCUUCCUGCGAGGAGACCGACUUUACAAGACUGGAGAUCUCGCUGUUUUGAACGCAGACGGGUCUUUGGUUUUGAUUGGCCGGAAAGAUACACAGGUCAAGCUCAAUGGGCAGCGGAUUGAGCUGCACGAGAUUGAGCAUUGUGCCGAGAGAUACCAACAUGGUACCGCGGUCAUUGCGGAGUUGAUAAAGCCUGCCGGCAUCGAGAGACCCAGACUUAUCAUGUUCGUUUAUGAUCUUGUAACGGUAGAAACAACGGUGGGCAUCACAUCAGCUUGUCAUGACCAUCGGGAGGUGUUUCUCCCUCCUUCAGCACAAAAUAAAUCUUACCUUGAAGGUGUGAAACACCAUCUCAACCAACACCUCCCACCGUACAUGGUACCUUCCCUUUUCCUUUCACUAUCUCGUCUGCCGCUCAGCCCAAGUGGCAAGGCCGACCGCAAGACGCUACGCCAGAUUGCAUCGAAAAUGGAAAGAGAGGCAUUGGAGAUGUAUCUGGAGAAUCCGGUGACGGUGAAAAGGGAACCCAUCACAGAGCAAGAGCGAUUCGUCCGUGCAAGUUUUGCCACGGCCCUAUCAUUAAAUGAGGAGGCUAUUGGUAUAGACGAUAACUUCUUCGCUCUGGGAGGCGACUCCAUCACUGCCAUGCGGGUUCUCACUUUGUGUCGGAGAAGAAACAUGGCCAUCUCGAUGCAGGAAUUCCUCUCAAACAACACUGUAUCCUUAUUUUGCACACAUUCCAUUGUGAUUCAGAGCGACGGUGUUGAUCCGAAACGCCAGAAGCUCCUGAAGUCACAAGAAUCGAUUAGAGGGGAAGAUCAUCUCGUCCAGUUUGAGCACGUCGAUUACCAGCUGGAUAUGGUUCGAUCUCAGCUGAAUUUGUUAAAAUCCGAUUCCAUCGAGGAUAUCUACCCCUGCUCUGAUGCCCACAGUGGGGUGUUGGAGCUCUAUACGUCUAAUUACACGAGCACUGCAAUUUUCGAAAUUUGCCCUACGGGCUCAGUGACUGCGAUGCAAGUGAGCAACGCUUGGAGUCAACUAGUGCACCGUCAUGUUGCCUUGCGGACGGUUCUCAUGAAAGAGCCAAAGGUUCACCCGGAUUAUCUCCACGUGGUCCUUGACAAGGGACCAGGUCAAAUUCUUGUUCUUGCCCGCAGUAAGAAUGCUCUUUCGGAACUGAAAAACCUCGAACCAGUCCAAUCCUGGGGCCUGUCACCACCACACCGGCUAAUCAUCGGUCAAGACUACUCUGGAGCGGUCUUCAUGAGGUUGGAAACGGGCGGUGCCUUGAUUGACGCUUUUUCCAUGACUAUUCUACUAGAAGACCUCUCUCUCGUGCUUCAGGGUCAGCCUUUGCCAGAGAAAGGGGUCUCGUACCGUCAAUACCUGUCCCAUUUGCGCGCCCAAUCAUCUUCAGAAACACUGCAAUACUGGAAACAAGCGCUUUAUGGAGUUUACCCUUCCCGUUUACCAAGACUACCUGCCAAGGAGACCUCCCCUCUAGCUGAAUCUCGCUCGCAGAGCCGCUGCCUUCCAUUUGCACAAUCGAAGCGCCUAGAUUCCUUCUGGCGCUCUAAUCAUCUGACCAUCACCAACAUUUUCCAGCUAGCAUGGGCCUUGACUCUCACACACUAUACCAAUUCCCAUGAUGUAUGCUUCGGAACCAUCACCUCGGGGCGUGACACUCCCGGUCUUGAAGUGUGGAAUAUUGUUGGAACGUUUUUCAACGUUCUUCCGUGCCGAAUUGCGAUUGAACCCACGCGCACGGUGCUGGAUGCCCUACGACAAAACCAGGAGGAUAUUCAGCGUCGAAAUGAUCACCAGCACUGUUCCAUGCCAGAUAUGAUUCGCAAAUCAGGAAUAAAACGUUUGGACAAUGGCCAGGAGUUGUUUAAUACAAUUCUAACAGUGCAGAACCCAUUCUCAGCACAAUCAUCUACUGGGAAAGGUGGGAGCAACGAGAUCGAUAUCAAACUGAUCGAUUUGGAGGAUGCGACUGAGUAUGACCUUUGCGUGGCUAUUACUCCUUAUCCUUCCCACUUUAAGGUGGAAUUACGCUACUGGUCGACGACCGUGUCUGAGGAAUACGCUUCGGAUAUUCUCGAUCGUCUUUUCGACCAGUUAGAACAGAUUGUGAAUCAUGCGACCCAGCCAUUAAGCGUCAUCACCAGCGUUGGAUAA